UUAGUUCAGUUGCGCGUAGGCCGAGCUGCAGUACGAAUCGACGAUUUUGGCGAACGGACGGCAAAAUGUCCAAAGACUUUUUAUUACCACCUAAACUUAGGCGCCAUCACUCCAAAAAGAACUGGCCUAAAUUCAGAGAAAUCAAAAUAAAAUAAAGAAAAUUCAAAGCACUUCGAACCGGUUUCAAAAUGGGAAAAUCAUCAUGAAAAUAUUGCAACAACAACUUGUUUAAAUACUUUAAUUAAAACUAAAAAAUAAAUCUGUUGCUAUUAUUCACUUAAAAAAGAAAAAAAAUUAAAACCCCAAAAGUUCGUUCAUGCGGCGAUAACCUAAUAAAUUGAAAUAUUGCGCAUACGCAGCGCUGUGCAGCAGCAGAGACAUUAUGUUCAAUUUGAAUUGAGUGAAUCGUUUCAAAAAACAAUCAAAUUGCAAUAAAUUGCUUUAAAAUAACUCCGCCAAGAGCCACGAGCACUUGUUAUGCAAAACGGAGAAAUCAACAGUCAACUCGAAAGAACGUAAACUUUUUAUAGCAUCAAGGCGCAGCUGUGACCACAUUUUGUGUGUGUGCGUGUGUGUGAGUGGGCGUGUGUUAGGGUUGUGCGUGUGUGCUUGAGUGUCAGUGUUGCCAAAAUCAAAGUGCCGCCGUUUGGUGGCAAUGCCGCUUAUAAUUCACAAUUUAACGAGGUAAAAGGCGCGCUUCCGAUUGCCGGCCGCCUUUCACAAUGCCCACAAACUUGAAGAGCGCUGGCAGCGGCAGCAACAGAAACCAAGCUGCCAAUGGUCAUGGUCAAGGCCUGCUUGACAACAUGACUACCGCCAACUGCAACAGCAACUGCAACAGCAACAGCAAUAGCAACAGCAACAGCAACAGCAACAACUCCAAUGGCGGCGGCAUAGGCAACGGCGCAUCCAGUGGCAUCGGCAGCAGCGAAAAUUCGACAGCGUCAACUACUCGCAGCGAUGAGAAAAAAAAUGCAGCUACCGAUGCUGAUGACGAUGGGGAUGGGGAUGGUAGCGGGGACGAUGAGGACGAUGAAGAUGACGACGAAGACGAUGAUGAAGAUGAAAGCACGGCAGAGACACCCUUACUACCAUUGAAGGAGGACGAGUCGACGCCAUUCAAGACCCCGAGUAACACACCUAUAUACGUAACUAAACCGCACAUAUCAGCAACGCCAUCCCGUGGCCAGUAUAACGCAGUUGUCAGUGAAUCACCGAUUACGAAUGCGUCCAAGAGGUGUCUAAGUGUCAACUCGCUGACCAACUAUUCCUCGCCCAAUCCUUCCCCCACGCCGUCACCUUCACUCACAUCCACGCUUACCUUUGAAAAUUGUGAGCCCAACAACAAUAACAACAACAACAACAACAACAACGAGGAAGUAUUCUACACGCCGCUCGGCGGACAAACACCAAAUCAUAAACCCACACAGGAAUUCGAGCUCUAUCCGCAAGACACGUUCGAACGUCUCGAGGGCAAGCAACCGAAGCCAAAUACCAAAAUGCAAAGCAAAGUGGAUGCAGUGGGCCAAAUCACCGGCCAUUGGGGCAAGUGGCAACUGCGCACAGUACUCUUAAUCUUUCUGUGCAAAAUACCCUCCUCCUGGUUUAUGGCUUGCAUCAUUUUCACGGCGCCUGCACCCCGCCACGGUGAAUUCUUUUGCAAGCCGCCGCCUGAGAUCGGCGUCCAGAAUCAGACGGAAUGGAUCAAGGUGUCGCAUCCCCAAAAGGAGGAGAAGGAAGAUCAGGAGUUUACCAUUGAUUUUUGUAAUGUGUACGAGGAUGCCCAGCAGCACGCUCAUCACUACUAUAACUAUGAGGACCGCUCCAAGGAGCCAGUCAUUUGGGAGAAGCCACUACAUCGCAACGCCUCUGUAAUACCCUGCACGGAGUUUCAGCAUAAAAGCACUUACCACUCGGUUGUCACUCAAUACGAUCUCGUCUGCUCCCGCGAUAUACUCGUGUCCGUAACGCAGUUCUUCCACUUGUUCGGGGUGCUCACGGGCGGAAUAUUGGCCAAUCAUCUUUUAAAAUACUUUAGUCCACGCAGUGUAAUGCUCUUCGGCAUGAUAACACAAAUAUUUUGUGGAAAUCUAACUGGUCAUGUGUCUUCCUAUGAGCUUCAUGUCUUUUUCCGAUGUCUCUCCGCUGUCUGCUGCGCUCAGAUGUACACCGCCGGCGGCAUGAUAAUGGCGGACAUUACUGGUGGAAAAUAUCGCACGUAUGUGUCCACGCUGUUUGAACAAUUCUGGUCUAUUGGAGUUAUGAUGUUACCAGGAUUGGCCAGCUUUUGGUCUAGCUGGUCGCAUCUUUAUAUGGCCAUUUCUUGGCCCACAGUAAUACUCAUUUACCUUUGGCAAUGGAUCCCCGAUUCCCCACGCUGGAUGAUAGAACGCGGUCGCGUGCAGGAUGCCAAAAAGAUUUUGCUUGAGUGUGCCGAGAUGAAUGGCACACGCCUUAGUUUGCCCCACGACAUUGACCAGCAGCUAGAGCUACAGGCACAAACGGCCAUGGAUGCGCCGCCUCCAGCGGGCUGGUGGUCCAUUUGGAAAGGUGAGAAGGCAGUGCGGCACAUGAUCUGCGUACAUCUGGCAUGGUCGCUAUACAUCAGCGUCUAUUACGGCUGCCUGCUGAACAUACGGUCGUUCAGUCGAGACCAUCUGUUCAUCAACACCUUUGUGGCAGGCUUUAGUGAGAUGAUUGGCACAUUCAUUGGACUCUAUUUGAUCAUGAACACCACACGCAAAUGGCUUUGGGCCGGAAUCUUCAAUAUUGUGGCCGGUUGUUUUGCGUGGUGCUGUUGGCUAGUGCCCAAGCCAGGCGUCGUUUCUCUAGAUGCCAACGUUGCUAUGCUCAUGUGCACGGCUAUGGUGUCCAAGAUGGCCAUAUCUACUUCGCUUUCCAUUCUGACCACCAGCACCGUGGAGCUAGUGAGCCCAGAGAAACGCAAGAUAGCUGCCUUUUCGACAAUAUGCUGGGCCCGAUUUUGGCUACUAGGUGCUCCGUUCAUUGGCUCCACCGUUGUGAUUGGCCAGCUAAUACCACAGACUGCAUACACGGCACUAGCGGUCAUUGGUGGCGUCUGCAUGUCUUUGAUCAGUGGUCCACGCACGCAUCCCAUCUCGCGUCCUGCAUCACCAGUGUCCCAGGGUGCCCAGAACAUGGCCGCACAGUUCACUGUCAUCGAUGGAUUGGACAACAAAGGCUAUGAGCCCAGUUCCAAUACCAGCAAUACCAUCUAUUCUACAAAUACGUUUAGGAAAUUGACCACACCGCAGUCGAAUUUACCACCACAGCUGAUGCCCGGCAUUUGGACGACAAAAAUGCACGAGGAUGUCCAACCAAUGUGAUUGAAUAUACAACUGUAUGUGCUGAUUGACGGUUAGGGGAACCAAGACAACUGCUGGAAUUGUGCAAGAGUAAAGCUGGAAUAGAUAUUUGGAAUGGAUUUACGACUUUGGACUUGCUGUGAAUUAUACAAUUGAACGGUCUAAAAAUUUGAUAUACUCUAUAAACAAAUCUUUUGUGCUAUAUAUAUAUAUAUAAGUAUAUGUGUAUAUAUGUAUAAAUAUUACUAUCUAGAUUCAUCUAGAAUCAAAACUUUAUAAUUCGCGUAAAAAUGCAACUUUUUGACAUUUAUAAGCAAAGUUCAAGCGCUAUUCGCCCUAUACUAUACCGAAAAAUCGAGCACAAUUUACAAAACGAACUAAAAAUAAUGCUCAAAAAAUGAGAAGAAAUCGAUGUAACAAUAAUAACUAUCUUAGAUGUCAAAGAUAACUUUUUAAGUAGUGAAUCUUUUAAGCUUAAAGCUAACAUUUCAAUUAAAAGAAAAGAUGCUCUGGUAAACUCAUAGAUUGAAUUACUUUAAGUUCUAUGCAUAUUUCUAGUAUACAUACGUAUGUGUGUAUAAUUUGCAAUUUAAAUAUUUUCGAUAAAUCGAGUAAUGUAACUUUUACUGUUUGAAACCGAAGAGACCCUGAAUAUGGAUCUAAAUAUAAUAGCAUGAGCAUAGCCAUAUAUAAUAUAAAUACCUUAGUUAGUUAAUGAAAAGUGGAACAUGCCGAAAGCAGCUCAGUAUUAAAAAUAACCAGAUAACUUAUCCUAAAUGAAUGUAAUGUUAUAUAUGUCUCAAAUCCAACAAUAUAGUUACUUAUCGAUGUAGUAGAAGCAUUGUUUCCUAUAAACUUAUAUCAACCAAAUUGAUGUUAAUAUAUAAAUAUAAUUAUAUUUAUAUAUCAUUUUGAGUAACCUAGGGCUGUUCCACAUUGAAGUGAUUGUGUUGCAAACACCUGGAGAGAAUAACUUGAAAAGACAUAUAUUAAGUAUUUACAUUUAAUUCUUUAUUAAUUAACUACAACAAUAAUAAUUCUACACAUUAAAUUCAAAUUAAAUUACUUCAAUACCAUUACGUAUUAUCAAGUGCAGCAUAGAGAAUGAAGCUAAUUUUUUAAAUAUAUUUAAUUACUUUAGUAGUGUUUUAAUUUUGUUAAGUAAUUUCUUAAAUUAACUACUAUAUAAUGAAAAUUAGCAUAUAUAUAUUUUUGCAAAUGAAUUCGCCUGAAAUCUAGUUGAAUGUUAAAUAAUUAUGGUUAGUAUAUGGAAUGUUAUUCAUGGAAAGAGAAAUAUUUUUUUAAUAAAUCAUACCAAAAACUCAUCGAAA